AUGUCUAUCUCUCAGGCUCUAACUCCUCAUGAUGUUCGCAUCCAAUGCAGGACCAAGACCUUCACUGCGCCAAGUACUGCGGGUCUCUGUCCCGGAUAUUCGCAGGCAAAUGUUAUAAUUUUGCCCAAUAAAUUUGCUGCCGACUUUCGGUUGCUCUGUGCACGAAACCCCGUUUCAUGCCCUCUCCUUGGUGAGACGAAACCGGGUAACCCUCAAGUCCCCAAAGCGCUUGCGACAGAUAGCGAUGUUCGGUCCGACUGCCCUUCCUACAACAUUUAUCGUGAUGGCGUAUUUGUUCAGCAAAAGGAAAGCAUAGAGAAAGAGUGGCGCGACGAUAGUGUUGCCUUCUUCAUUGGCUGUUCUUAUUCCUUUGAGGCAGCCCUCGCCAAGAACGGGCUUACUCCGAGACACGUGCAGCUAGGCCGUGCCGUCCCUAUGUACAAGACAAAGUACCGGCUCUGUCCCGCUGGAGUUUUUGGUGGACACAUGGUAGUAUCCAUGAGGCCAUACCGUUUAGCUGAUCUCGAGCGUGUCCGUAAUAUUACCCGUCCUUUCGUCAAAACCCAUGGAGAACCUGUCGCCUGGGGUCCGGAGGGCGCCAAAUCCCUUGGGAUCACUGAUCUCGAUGGCACAAAUCCCGACUUUGGCGAUCCUACCGAGAUUCAAGAUGGAGAAAUAGCUGUUUAUUUUGGGUGUGGAGUGACACCUCAGCUGUCAGUUAUGGACAGUGGCAUCUCCGGGGAAGUAGUUGGUCACACGCCUGGACGCAUGCUGAUGCUGGAUAUCAAAGAUGAAGAUGUGUGUGUGUCGUUUUAA